AUGGAAUGAAUUUUGUGAGAGAGGAUUGAAAGGAGGAAAGGGGGAGGCAAUUUAAAAAACAAAAAAACAAACUCGUAGUUUCGAAAUAUCAUUGCAAAAGUUGAGUGUCUUUCAACGGUUUUAUUUUUUUAAUUUCACUCAUUCACAACUGGCAACACUUGUUUACAGGUAGUUGGCCAGAUUUUUAUGAAUAUCCAAUGUGUGAACUUUAUAUUUCAGACCAAUAGAAAAAAAUAAAAGCAAAUCAAAAACGGAAUAUGUUUCUUUUAAUUACGUAUUAUUUAUAGCGAUGAAUGUCAGACAGUGUAUCUUGUUAUAUGAAAGAAUCUAGAAAUCAAAGUAAAGUCUACAUAGAUUUAUCAAUUUAUAUUUACAUUAAUUAAGACCAGAGAUCUUUCUAUCGGAUUGGUUUAUAUAUUCUUUUAUUUCAUGGAGUUAUUUCGAUUAGUUCAAUGCCUGCCCUCCACCAUGAAGAUAUGUGAUGAGAUUAAUUAAAGUUGAGUUGAACAGCGAGCCCUAGUUCAAAGGUUAUUGACCUGCAGUGCAACAUAAUUUUUAGCAGUUGGUUUGCUAUUUCUGUAUAGGCCAACACGAAGCCAGUGGUUAUUUGUUUUUAAAUUUUUCUUGUAAAUACACACUGGCAUCGAGGAUUACAUUAAAGAAGACUUCAUUUCUACUGGACAAACACAUUUUGUAUCAGAUUUGAUCAGACUCUAAUUGCAUUCUGGGAUACUUCUGCGUAAAAGUUGUAUUGUUUAAAGUUUAAAAAAGUGUUGCUCAUUGAUGGCCUAUAGCGGCCCACUUGUGAAAUAUAUUCUGCGACCAUCUGGCGAAAGAGAAAAGCUGUAUUUGAUUGGACAGACGAAAGUCAUGUGACCAUGGGCUCAAAAGUGUUAUCGCUGCCAUCUACGACACAUCAGUUGUCCAGCAACGCCAACAAGGCAACCAUUGCUCACGGAUCAGGGACGACUCUGCAUGGUUCUCCUGUAACCAUAGAGAGCAGUUAAGUGGGAUGUGGCUGCGCUGGUCACUAACGACCCUCUACGUACUGCAGCUGCUGGUGCUGUCCAGCAUGGUGGCCGCCUACAUCUACAGCAACAUGUCCAAGACCUCAGCCCAUGAAACACCACAGAAUGUAUCCCAGGUGGCUGCCGUGGACUCAACGGCCCAGGAGCAGAAAACCGGACCUAGCAAUUCAGAGCCACAGGUUCGGCUAAAGCCUAUAUCGCUCGCUUACUUGAAAGAGAAUUUGAAACACGUGACAUCGCAAGCAGAUUUCACGCGCCUGUUUGUCGGGCUGGAUGUAAAGGAUGCACAGCUCAGCCAAUUGUUAGAAGGAAAUCAAAGUAACCUUGACUACAGCGACAACUUCCGGAUAGCGGAGAAUGGGAGUAGUCUGCAAGAAGUAGAACUUGAGAGCCCCGAUUAUCAGAAUGACAAUGCAGCCUCGUUUGAAUCAGAAGUGUUCCAAGCAGCUGUGCAUCACGCAGCUGAGGAUUCUACAAUGCAAUAUCCAUGCAAAGUACCCACACCCUACAUCCACUGCAUCACCGACCCUCUCCAGCCUCUCAAGCUUUACCUCCCGGAGUGCGUGCAGCUCCACAGGUGUAUGAACUUCUCGGGCUGCUGCAAACCCCCAGACAUGGAGUGCGGCCCUAAAAAAGUGGAUCACGUCAGAAUGGCAUUUUUAGUAGUUACGCUUGUGGACAAUGGCCAUGUCUUGAAGGAGUCGCCGGACCAAGGGGCGAUUCUGCUCUAUCUCCAGAAUCACACAGAGUGUGGCUGUAUGUUCAAGAGAAAGGCAAAUGAAUGCACAAAACAGUGUCCAGCCCCUUUUAGGUUGACCCGCGAGGGACACAACUGCGUCUGUCAAUGUUUUCCCAAUGGAAAAAAAUUCGAGGAGGAACGCAUCUGCAAAAAGAUUAUGAACGGCUUGCAAGAGCUGUCUCACAGUGGAUUGGUAUGCAUAAAGGAAAAUAAAUGCUACGAACCUUCGUGCGUAAUAGGAAAAUUUAACAUCUUAAAAGGAGUUUGUCCUCUGUCCGAGGAAUACAUGUUGCACAGAUAUCUUUUCAAUUCUUCCGCGGAGCAGAUGAUGUACUAUCAGCAUCUUUAUCGAUUUCAAACUACUCCGUCUUACAACACUACGUUACGGCCUCGAACUCGCAGACCUAGCACUGCAAGGUGGGUUACUACUCCCAAAGUGACGACCACAAUCUCAAUGGACAGUGUGAACGCAUCGCAACAACAGAACAAAAGCCAGCCACGGCCGCCGCAGAAACAGUUUUCGAGCCACGCUCAUCACGAGAAGCCCCACAGAAAGUUCAGGAAUAGAAAGAAAGACAGAGGGAAUGCUAAGCUUGCGCCCACAACAGUACCAAAGACAAAGCCAACAGCGCCAGCCGAGAGCAGCACCAACAGCACUGCAACGCUGGUCACGUCCACUUCUCCGUCUUUUACAAAUGAGAAAAUAACUAAGGAUAGAGACAACACAUAUCCGAUUACUCGAGAUACGGAACCUGUCAACUCUACGGCGGAAUCGCCCGGACCUACGAAUAAAGAGUCCACGGUGACGGCUAACACUACAGAGACAGUUCUGCCAUCUGACGUUCCGUCGCGGAAAGACGAAGAGACUGCGACGUCUCUCCAGCCAGAUCUGAGAACCAUCAGUUCGACAGCUGAAUCGCUCAAGACUUCGGACAAUGAGUCCGAAAGAGCUAUCAACACCGUAGAGACCAUGUUCCAGUCAGACAUGCCUGCCAGGCCAGGUGACUCUUCCUUUGGCAAGGAAGGAGUCAACAAACGCUCGCUUGGGCAACGGAGCGCCCAUCACGCGAUUCCGGAAUCGCUUCCAUCCAAAGAACAUUUGUCAAGAGCUUCGUCGAAAGUAGACCAUUCUGAAAACAAAAGAAGUUCAGAAUCUGAGCUUUUGUCACUGCACUUUAAGAACUCAAAAGUGUCUAACGCGGAUGAAUAUUACGAAAGUUCCGGGGAAGAUUACGAUCAGUGAAAUGUCUAGUGAUUUGAAAUACUUUAUAAAAACCUACAGAAAGGAUUCGAACAAAAACUGUCACGGGACGAUUGAUGUCAUUACGAGCUACGUGUUUCAGAAAUUGUCUCAUGAAAUAGUUUGUUAGUCCUUAAUUAAUAAUAGAGGAUUUCAAAGUUAUUUUAUAUAUUUUUAACAUUAAUUUAACAUUUAUAAAUGCAAAAUAUAGGCAACUGAAACCAAUAUAUAUAUAUAUAUAUAUAUAUAUAUAUAUAUAUAUAUAUAUAUAUAUAUAUAUAUAUAUAUAUAUAUAUAUAUAUAUAUAUAUAUAUAUUACUGAGAAAGACAAAUAGGAAAUUUGAUUUGUACUCUUUUAGAAACUCAAAAAAAAAAAUCGCUUAAUCAUCAACUUUCUAAACUUAAAAUUCCACACAUAAAACUUUAAAGCCAUAUAGAAACAAAAACUUGCAAAAAAAAAUAAUAAAUAUAAUAAAAUAUAACCAACAGAAAACAAAUAAAGUAAAAAGAUAAACAAAAUGAAUAAAAUUGUUCUUGAAAAAAAUUGUUGACUUUCUAAAGUACAAUUGUUUUUCUGACAGCAUAUUCUCAGAUCUUUCUGCUCUCGAUAACAGACGUACAAACUUGAAAAACGCGAAUGUUUGCCACAUCCAUCAAUGUCCCUCGCUGAACAAUGUACGCUUCGUGGGAACCUACUCAACAGAACAAUAAACCAUCACACACACAUACAAAUAAAGAGUUCGGAAAAAGUCAGAAGACAACGAAACAAACAACAAACAAAACAAAAACAAGCUGCGUUCUGCCUCAGAUAACCUGCUAAAUGAGUUACCUAGAUGGCGUUGUUGUUACGCUUUGCGCAUGCGCUGCUGUUGCCUCGAGAGUCGCAAUGGUAAUGGCGGGAAACUUCACGCCUGCUGCAAAGAUGACGGGUUGAAGGCUGGAAUGGGUGUAAGAAAAAGUGUUUUGGUUUAAGGAUAGAUGCCAGCGACAACUGUUAAGUAAUCAUGGUGGCCAUGUUAGUCUUAUGCUUGGGGAAAUGACAAAUGGAUUUCUGAUAGUAGUUUUAGAGAGAAAAUGAAUUUAGUUUUCUGUUAAAAGAUUUGCUCUUGCCAUCAAGUUCUUUUUUGUAUUGCUUCUCUCUCUCUCUCUCUCUCUCUCUCGCUCUCUCUCUCUUCCUCUCACACAGACACAUUUUCAGACCUUAGAAUAACGCAGGUAUUGGAAAGAUGCUAACAGAGCUUUUAUAACUUUUUAUAUUGAUAAAGAAGAAACCUCUGCUGCUAAAAAUCAAACCUCAGUUCAACUCAGGUCUAGUUUUAUCCAAAGCUGCAUCCCAGUUUGACUGUUUGGUAUAACGCAGAAUUUGUUGCCUCAUUACAAAAAAACAGCUAAUUUGACAUGACGUUGUAAGCCGUUAGCGAAAUAGCUUUAGGGGUAUGAGAUAUUGUGAUAACGCUUAUAACAGUUUUGAUAGGUGAUGCAACACACACUUUCAUUAAAUGAUAAAAUAGUAUCCCUAUAGAAGCAAUGCUUUAGCCUGACACUAGCAUCAAUAAAGCUUACGUUCUUUAAAAGAAAAAGGAAAGUACCACAUUCAGGCCUUGAAAAAUCUCAGACCUUUACUAUUUCUAGUAAUGACCUAACUGAUUGCAUUAGCAUUGGAACACCAAUGUAACAAUUUGUGGAGAACUGCGAAGUUCUAUAAUAUAGAAAUAUGAAAAUACAAUAUAGGAUAAUGAACUAUGACCAAAAAAAAGUUGACUAGUUAUCCAAACAAGAACCAACUGGAGUCUCUGGACCUUGUCUUACCACCUAGCUUAGAGCCAUCCUUUAAAAGCAAUUAAAAACUAACACUUAAAAAAAAACAACUACAUCAUGUUAAACCAACGAGUUUAGACGUGCAAUACUUGUAUGUAUUAAUGAGAAAGCUAUCUUAAAAUACCAAUGUGUAUGAAUUAAUAUAAUAAAUAUAGAUAUACGAAGAAGGCGCUACCUAAAUUGAAAUGAUAUUUAAUCUGACUAAAUCUUAAGAAAAAAAAGUAUUUUAUGUUUAUCCUUACAGGGCCGGCCUUAGAUAAUUGGAGACCUUAGGCGAAGGGAAUUUGGUGGCCCCAAAUGAAAAAAAAAAAGAUGCGAAAAAUGAACAGCGAAAAACUUAAAAUGACACAAAUUAUUUCAAACCUAGUGUGUUAUAUAACAAGAACAGUGGGCACAAGUUUUACUUUUUUUUUCCUCUCUAAAAAAAUGUUGUAAGUUCUGGGCGAGGCCCCCACCAAUCGAAGGCCGCCUUAGUAGGCCUAAGGCAGGCCUUGAUCCCAAGUAAGCAUUCAUUAUGAACAAAAGUAACAUCGUUUGGUAACUUCACUGUAUAUAGCCGAGAAGAUUAAAAAGUGCCUUUGCAAGAAAAUACUAAACCUUAAUUUUAAAAACAAAAAAAAUAAUUACUUAACUUAUUACAAUUCUAAAAAAAAACAAAACAGAAGUCAAUUUUAAUAUAUUUUUCUAUAAGCGACGACAAACUCACAUAAGUACUCUUUCUUUACAAAUGCCAUUAUAUCAGAGAAUGGGUUACCUGAAUCAGCCAAUAAAAAAAGAAAUGACAAACUUUUUCUACUUGCUUUUGAGUUCAAAUUUUGGGGUAAGAGUGCAGCGCUUAACUCAUUUAACUCUCAGAUAUAUCUGUGACCUACACCUUAACAUGUUUGACAUGAACUUUUCUUUCGAAGAAACGUACGUCUGCUCUAAGAUAAGAAUACAAUGUAUAAUAUAAGAAUGUAAUUAUAAUAUAAUAUAAGAAUGUAAUGUAUAAUAUAACAUAAGAAUAUAAUGUCCGAAGCAGAGAAAUAUUUACAAAAAGUCUUGAGCAUACUUUGUUUUCACUUAUUCUCUGAGUUCUUUUCUUCUCAGAGGUCUCAUAUUCUCUGAGAUAUAGGCCUAGAAUAUUUAACAUUAAUUUUAACCAGCUUGAAGUUUACCAUAAAAAGUAAAUUUAGGUUUAUUUAAUUUCCUUUCAACUAUCCCUCAGUUCAACUAUCUGAAUAUCCGAGAAACAUUUUUUUAUUAGCUUAUGUUUCUUCUUUUGUCGGUUGUCAUAUCCAAAUUUAACAAAGCAAGAUUUCGAAGUUGGCACCAAAGUCUUAAAACAAACAUAAAGUAAGAAGCUGACAGAAUGACGUCAAACUAAAGUGUUGCCAAACUAUGUAUUUACUUGGAUGAAUAAAACAUUCUAAUGUAAGAAGAUAUGCGCUGAUAGGUCGUUCGGUUGUCUCGAUUGUUCCAGGUUCGUAGCAUGCCCGCUGCCCUUCCCCGUCGACCUGUGGCAGCUUGGUCUAGGAAGUAGAUUAUCUUAAGGAACAUCCGAAACAUGUAAAAAAAAAAAAAUAACAAAAAAAAAAACCCCAACCAACUUUAAGCGUUAUAAAAGCACGCUCUCCAUUUUAAUUCAUAAUAUACUAAAUAUUUAUACUUAAAAAAUAAUAUUAUAUACUAGCCGGAUAUGACCCGCAGCCUGCUUGUCUUAGUAAGGGUAUAACUGAUCUACUGGAUUGAAUUUAGAUUUAUGCUCCCUUCACAUAUUUUUAAAUUAUUAUUUUGCCACAAAAAUAAAGGUAGAGUGUGAAAAUGAGUUUACCCGCUCAGCCGACAUAUUCGUAUCUAAUAUAAAAUACUGUGAAAACGGGUUUACCCGAUUUGUUAAACGUUUCGUUCUUUAAUAAAGAUACCAUUAGAUAAUUUUCGUCUAUGUUUAGGGCCCGCCGGUUAUGGGAAGGACAUUAAAUAUACAUUUCGGUCUCAGCCAUUAUCUAUGAAACAUUUAUACCAAGUUUUAUCAGGAUUAGUCAAACGGUUGUGAUUUUUAUUCGGGAUAUGUAUACAUAGCCUACGUACUUUCAUAAAUACGCCUUACUUUCUGCUUUGUAUAUGGAAUAACUAGUUGACAACAUGUAUUCUAUUAUAUUGUUUUAUAAUAAAACCUUUUUUUAAGCUUUAUGAAUUGUAACAUAGUCGGUUGUAUAAACUUAUAUCUCGUUUCUUUCGCGCAUGCGCACAUUUCUGAAAAUAACAUUUCAUUAGCGGCCCUCGAAAGGGGAAUAGCAGCUAUUAGUUUUGUAUGCUCUGUCUGUCCGUCCGUCCGUCCCGUUUAGAUCUCAAAAACUAGAAAAGAUAUUGAAAAUCCAAUAUCGUGACAUUUUAGACCUUUUAAAGUGCUGAUGCAGCGACUACUAUUUUAUUUUCUAAAAGCGAAAAGUUAAAUUUUGAAAAUCAACUAUGCAAGCAGUUUUUUUAUAACAAUAUACCAUCUUUACAACUAGUCACUAUGAACAGUAAAAAAAAAAAAAAAAAACUCGGGAAACUACUUAGUAAAGGGGUGAUCUCUUAACAUAUUUUUAACACACUUAUGCAAACGCUUUUACAUUUUUUGUUAAAAAAUGUUUUUUUUUAAAUGUAUAUGACUUACUUAAAUGUUUUUCUGUCAUACUAGCUGCUUACAUUUUAAAUACAAUGUUUAGUUUUGUUUUAAAAGAGAAAGAAUGUAUUAAGUAUGCAUAUUAGUGAAACAUAAUGUAGGACGACAAUUCAUACACAGUGUUUCAUAUAAUACACAUGACUUGUAAGGUUAUAAUAACUUAAUGAUAUCAUUUGUAAAUUAAACUGAAGGGAAAGGUUUCUUUAUUGAGGCCUUGACUGAAAGAGAUUGGCCCUUUACAAAAACAUAUUAAACCAAUCGGAUAAUCCUUCAAUGACAUCAGCUAGGACAGGUUCGCAUUUAACUAUAUCUUCUUAUCUAUCAGUUCAUUGAAUAUAUAUGAAAAUUUAAAAUGUAAUAAUAAUUUAAAAAUAUACGUGUCAUGUGGUAUCACAUCGCUAGUCGAACUAAGAAUACUAUUUAGUGUACUCUGAUUUGGACAUGCGCACGUCUCUUCUUUUUGUAUCGACAAAGUUAUUGUUUCUAGUUCAUUGUUUCCGAUAUUAUUUCUGAAAAUAAGGAAAACUGCCUUUUUACCUGCCUGAGCUGACCACUUUGGGGGCCGAUUUUUGAGUUUGUGUUUCCACACAAACUAUUUAUGUCACCUUAUUGUGUUAACGUAUUAGUUACGUCUAUGCAAUACUUUUGUGUCCGUUUCCUUUUUUCGUAUAUUAACCCAACUCAAUGUUACCCAAACAUUGUCCCCAUAAUGUUUACCUAAUGUUUACAUCAGUCAAAUGUGUGCCUUAUAAUUAAUUACAUCUUUGUAAAAGAUCUACUUAAUUUUUUCUCUAUGUGAAUACAUUUAUCUAACUGUUUACCAGUUGUUGUUUUUUAUAACGUUUGUUCUUAAUGAUGCUUUAUGUUGCUUUAUGUAUCAAACUGUUUAUAAGAUGCAAUCGUUUAAACAGUCUUUGUUUUAUAUUCAAAAAACAUCCUUGCCAUUUAUAAUCAUUUUAGACUGGAUCACGCCAAGAUCAAGUCUCUAAAUAUGUAUAGAUACUAGUUGUUAUACACUGUAUCACGUCAAAAUCAAGUCUUUAAAUAUGUAUAUCAACUAUUUGCUAUAGACUGGGUCAUGUCAAAGUCAAGUCUUUAAAUAUGCAUAUCUACUAUUUGCUAAAGACUGGAUCAUGUCAAGGUCAAGUCUUUAAAUAUGCAUAUCUACUAUUUGCUAUAGACUGGAUCAUGUCAAGGUCAAGUCUUUAAAUAUGCAUAUCUACUAUUUGCUAUAGACUGGAUCAUGUCAGGGUCAAGUCUUUAAAUAUGUAUAUCUACUAUUUGCUAUAGACUGGGUCAUGUCAAGGUCAAGUCUUUAUGCAUAUCUACUAUUUGCUAUAGACUGGAUCAUGUCAAGGUCAAGUCUCUAAAUCUGUAUAUCUACUAUUUGCUAUGUACAAACUUAAGUUUACCUAUACCCUGUAUAUACACCAAAAGUUGUAAGUAGCUAUGACGGCUCACAACUGUGUGAUGACAACCCCUCCAUAUAUAUAUAUAUAUGUCUUCUUCAAAACGUCUUGCUCCAGACUGCAGUAGUGAGCUCUAUGAAAUCUGUCCAUCUAUCGUAUUGUUAGUCAUUCUCCUAGAGACUCAACAAGACCCAUAUUAAAGUGAUCCAAAAGUCUGUUAUUGCAUCGUUAUUUAGGACAAUUUUCCGUAUGUAAUCGUUUCCAAACUAUCUGUUUUAUAAUCAUUGUAUAACUGACAUUGACAAAAGAGUUGACACUAUACUAAUGUGUAUAAGGCUACCCACAAACUCUAUAAUUAUAAUAUUAGCCGAAUAAUAAUAAUAAUUAUAAUAAUAAUAAUAAUAGUAAUAAUAAUAAUAUUGUUUUCGAGUCCGAAGAUUAAGAAAAAAGUGCAGUAUUUGAUUCAGUUACACGAACCCAUUGGAAACCUAGAUAGUUUGAACAUUCGACACAGACAAUGUAAUUGUUUGUCCUGAUAGUGCCUAUAAGUUCACUUCAGUCUAUAACAAUGAUACUUUUGUAAACCCAUGAUACUUGUUUAUAGGAAACAUUUCACAAUGUUCUGGUGUUUUGUGUUUCUUACAAAUUUUUGUGUGUGCGUGACUUUAUAGUGUUAAGUAACCAGGAUAGAAACGGGAAGCCAUUGAGAAAUAGACACCUCUAUAUGAACUAUUAGGAACGCACUAUCGCUGUAGUUGAUUGAAUUAUUGAAUGGGAACUAGACUAGAAAGUGGUUAAAAUUAUCGUAAUCCAAUUAGGCAUUUUUUAGGCCUAAUUAUAAUUUUUUAUGAUUGCAUUCUAAAUUAAUCUCAAAGCAGAGAAGAUUAAUUAUUUAAUCAACAUACAAUAAACGAGAUGCAAUAAUAUAAUUUCUUAUGCUGGUCUGUUUUGUCUGUUGAAGCUCAUUCGAUAUUUUUAGAUUACUUUUUUGGGGUCAAAGUGAAUUUAAAAAUUGACAAAAAUAGAGACUUGUAAAUAUAAUUAAUACUAUAAUUAGAAAGAACUUUAGAACAUAACUUUUGAUCAUGUAUUAUCUCCACUGGCAUACAUCUAUUUGCCAUUUAUUUCCUAGAUUAUUUAUUAUAUUUAUUUUAUUAGAAAACCAGCUAGAUCUAGAUAGAAAAAUAGAGUGUAAAAUAAAAUCACAUAAAAGAGGACAAAAUAAACAUUUAUAUGGUAUAAACAUAUAAAUUUAUACGGUAUAAAUAUAAAAAUGUAGAUGGUAUAAAUGUAUAAAAAUAUAUAUACUAAAUAAAUUAUGCUAAAUAAGAAUUGUUUGGGUUGUAAUUUGUUCAUACAUUUUUGUUACAGUUCAUUUUUUUAAUAUUCAAUGUCCCCCAUACCGGUAUAAAUACCCCAAAUUUUACAAAGCUGAUAUCAACUCUCUGUCUUAUACAAUAUAUGGAAUACACUCUACUUCUCCCACACCCAUUCUUGGAUCCAAUUGAAACUUUACACAAUUAUGUAUUGUUCCUAACAAAAUAUGAAUCAAAUAAAAUAUUAACAAUUUAGUUAAUUGGUUAUUGAUUAUUGGUAAUUAAUUAAUUAUUCUGUUUGAUAUCAAAAAAGGGAAAUAAAUGCUAGCUACAUGAAUCAAUUUUAAAAAGUUAACAAUUUGUUAAUCAAGUACAUUUCCUCUUUCAGACCUUGUGAUUCAUUGGUCAUAUGAUAUAAAGGUCAUCUGUUUCUGUGGCCCACGGUUAACAAGGGUGUCAUGUGGCCAGCACAACGACCAAACGCCAUUACUUUUCCACUACUAAUUUCAGGUGCCCAUUAGAGCUGGGUGGACUCAUGGGUGCCAUUAAGAUCCCGAAAUUAAAAUCCCAGUCUUCACUAGAAUUAGAACCCGGGACUGCUCGGUUUGGAAGCCAUGCGCUUUACCACUUAACCACUGCGCCUCCUAGUUAAUCAUUUAGUGGUAAUUAAUUUCGUUUCAAAUAGAAAUAGGGAGCCUACUCAUACAUUAUUGAAAUAAAUACAUAUGAUUUGAGCUUAUCCCCCUUAGAUAAUCUUGAUUUUUAAAGACGUUUUUAAUACAUUCAUAAAGUCAGCGAGAAAUGCCGAGAAUGCAUCUCAAACAAUUAUAAAAAAAAAAAACGUUUUUAAACCGACAAAGUUGUCAACUCCUUCAUCAAUAAUAAUCACAUUUUAGAUUUUUUAUUUUUUAAUUAUCUUUUAUUUACAUAUUUACAUAUUUAUUUUCAUUUUGAGUUCUUCUGUAUAUAAACAUAUACGAUAUUUUCUUUUCUUUCAGCCAUAAAUCCUAUUAGAGAUUAUCAGAUACUUUGCUCAUAUAGACGUUUGCAUCUUGAAUUUUAUUUUAAAUUUCUUGAAAAGGGCAAAGAAAUUCUUAUAUGGUAUUAAACAUGUAUUGCUUUCCUUACUCUGUACACCGGAUACACCAAAAAGGCUUGCUGUUUAUGGAUUCGCCUCCAUUUUAUUAGAAUCCCUCCAUGAUAUUCAAGUUCGUUUCUAAUUUGAUGUUUGGCCUUUACGAUAUCCACAUAUUUUGUAUGUUGACAUCUGGAUAGAAUAGAAAUGCUGUCAACUAGGUCACCAAACAUUCAUUUAGAUUGACUUCCCUUUUCAAAGACAAACAGAAUCAGAAGGUUAGAAAAAAAAAAAAGAAGGUCAGUGUCAAUGUUAUGUUCCCGAUUCUUAAUAAAAAUCCUUUAUUUCAAUCACUGUUGCUCAAC